GGGGGUGCUGACGGCUGCGGCGCAUGCGUGCCCGCGGGUGCUCGAGCGGGAGACAGAAGAAGCCAGCAGGUGCGGCCGGCACUGCGGGCUCUUUAUCUAAAAGAAGAUGGCUGAUCCUUGGCAAGAAUGCAUGGAUUAUGCAGUCACUUUAGCAAGAAAAGCUGGAGAGGUUGUCCGUGAAGCACUGAAAAAAGAAAUAUCUAUUAUGACUAAAAGCUCCCCAGCAGAUCUGGUAACUGUUACAGAUCAAAAAGUGGAACAAAUGAUUAUUUCUGCAGUAAAAGAAAAAUAUCCUUCUCACAGUUUCAUUGGGGAAGAAUCUGUCGCAGCAGGAGAAGGCAGCACCUUGACAGAUAAUCCUACAUGGAUCAUUGACCCUAUUGAUGGAACUACUAAUUUUGUACACAGGUUUCCAUUUGUGGCUGUUUCAAUUGGCUUCAGUGUAAACAAAAAGAUGGAAUUUGGAAUUGUAUACAGUUGUGUAGAAGACAAAAUGUACACUGGCAGGAAAGGAAAAGGUGCAUUUUGCAAUGGCCAGAAGCUUCAAGUAUCAGGUCAAGAAGAUAUUACAAAAUCCCUUUUAGUAACAGAACUGGGAUCAAACCGUGAUCCAGAGGUUUUAAAAACUGUUCUGUCUAACAUGGAAAAGCUGCUCGGUAUUCCUGUUCAUGGUUUGUCUCUUAGGAUUAGAGCUGUUGGUACAGCAGCUGUAAACAUGUGCCUUGUGGCAACUGGUGGAGCUGAUGCAUAUUAUGAGAUGGGCAUACAUUGCUGGGACAUGGCAGGAGCUGGAAUCAUUAUUACUGAAGCAGGCGGCGUGCUGCUAGAUGUAUCAGGUGGACCUUUUGAUUUGAUGUCACGAAGAAUAAUUGCUGCAAGUAGCCAAACCCUUGGGGAGAGAAUAGCCAAAGAGCUUCAGAUAAUCCCCCUAAAAAGGGAUGACGCAACAAAUUAAAUCAAUGCUUAACCUUCAAGUGCAAUAGUAAAAUGGUUGCCAUAUACUCUGUAUACUUGGAAAAUGUGUGUUGCACUUAAAUAUGCAAUGCGCUGUUGCAUAUCUUACUGAAUACCUUAUGAAGUUACCUCAAAUCAAGGUUUUGGAAUCCAACCAGUGUGAUGUUGUUAUAAAAUGUGUUCCAAUUAUGUCUUUUGCACAUACUCAGAUUGCAUAUAUGAAUUUUGUUGUAAGUCUUAAUUUUAUUUGUUGUAACUUUGAAGGAAAUACACAACAAAAAAGCAAGUCCUUGCAACUAGUACACUGGAGGUAGAACAAUCAAUUUAGCAAUGUUAAAAAAUGCAAUUCUGUAAAUCCAUAAGGGACUCCUAUCUUCUUGUUUGUGUUUCUUAUAUUUUAUACACAGGAAACAGGAUAUGUUGUUUAUCUGGUCUUUAUAUUAAAUGAAUCUAAAGUUUUAGAGUACAGUGAGCCUCUCCAGAAGUUCUGACCAAUUAAAGACUGCUUCCAGACCUCACUAAAAAUAGUCACUGGUAAUUUGGGUUUUUUGGGCAUUAUUCCUUAUUCCCUUCACUAAUGAUUUCAUUUGGUAUUGCUGGAAUUCCUCAGGGAAGCAUUCCCUACAUGGAGAAAAUUAGAUAAGUUACUUAUUCUUUAAACUUGAACUGAGUUUAUUUCAUUUGCAGUAUUAUUAAAAGUACAGAAAUAAUUGACUAGCAUGCCUUGGAAUGGAUUUGUCCCAGGGAAUAAAAUCUGCAUAUACUUCCCAUCACUAUAUGGCUUUCUGCUAACUAGUACAAAAGAAAUGAAAAUACAUGAACAUAUAUUGUGUAAGUUAUGUCAUUUGUCAUAUGUUGACAUUUGUCUCCUGAACACUCAGUACCUGAUGCAUAUAGUUUACCUAUAGUUUCUGUUAAUCUUUAAUAGUAAUUACUUGGACUGUCUAGGGUGAGAGAGAAUUUACUUCAGAAGCUAAAAACAUUUAAAAUCUUUUAGAUUUCAGAUAACUUUGUAAAGCACAUAUCCAGUAGUUCAGACCUUAACCUAGUAAUUAUUUGAAUGUUUGUCAUAUUUGAAAGCAUGUAAAAUAUUUGAAUACCAUAUUUCCUCGCAUAUAAAAUGCACCUCCCCACCCAAAAAAAUCAGUUCCACAAAACGGGUGAAUAUUUUAAGUAAAGAAGCUGUUUUCUAUGCUGGAAAAGCAGCAAGCGUGGAGAUACUAUGCAUGCCUUGCAGUUGUCAACAUAGCUGCCAUGAUGGUGGGUUCCUCUGUUAACCUUUUCACCUAUUGGCUGACCUCUGUAGCUUGUGGCUGAAGCGGCAAGUGAGCUGGUGGUAGUAUCAUGAUGAACCUUGCACUGUAGAAAUAACACUUUAUGUAUCAGAACAUAUAUAAAGAACUACUUACAGUAAGGAAUUAACAGUCUUGUUUCUGCCCUUACAAGGGUCUGGAGUCCAGCCUUGUGUGACUAAGUCUUCCCAGAAAUACAGCAGAUUCCAGGAAAUGUGUUCUCCCAGGAGAGAGUCUGCAUGAGGCAGCUGGGACCAGUAAUUUCCUGGUGCCACUUUCUGGACACUCCUACUAGGUUUUAAUGUAUGUCACACAGCUGACCUAGACUCUGAAAAAACAUUGUGUACAUUCUCCCUUCUAAAAUCAAGGCAUGUGUUUUAUUUAGGGGUUUGUUGCGUGAAGAAAAUACAGUAUAAAAUGACAGUUAGGUAAGUUGAUCACAAUUCUCUUAUGCGGCACCCUGUACAAAUACAUAAAGGGACACAGCUAUCCCUAAUGAGUUUAAUUUAAUAGUAUUUAAAAUUCUAAUACUAGCUAGUCUGAUUUCAUAAGACCUUCAUAUGGGGUGUUCUUUGAAAUUUAUACAAAUUUGUUUUUCAAUAAGUAUUUCAAGUGGGCACUUUAAAUAUUUGCAUAUUUGAGAAUAAUAAUAAUUUAGUUGGUCUGUUUUGGGGCUGACUUUUCUAUUGGGGCCAAAAUUUUCAGAAGUGUGUUGACCACCUUUGAGUGUCCAACUGAGACAUCUCAAACUAUUGAUAAUUUCUGAAAAUAUAGAUAUUUAGCAUUCUGUCUCAUUUCUUUUUGUUCUCGGAAAUAGUCUCUUUUGUCUUGAAAUAAAAGUACCAGCAGAUCUCUUAAUAGAAACCCUUGGCUCUUGAA